GACAACGCGAUGGCGACCAAGGAGGCGGAAUGGAGCGACGACGAAGGCGACGAGUCGACGUUCAUGUGGCUGGAAGGCGACUCGUUGGCACCGCCGUGCCAGUCCGAGUACGAUGUUGUGCAUGAGAUUCUCAAGCUGGCCAAUGUCACUGCGAACGACGUCGUGUUCGACUUGGGAUGCGGCGACGGACGCAUCUGCAUUGCGGCGGCCCGAAAGUACGGCGCGUCGGCGGUUGGGAUUGAGAUCGAAGAGCAUUUGAUCGCCAAGUUCCAGGGCAAGAUCGAUCGGUACAACCUGCAUGACCGAGUCCGUGUACUUCACGGCGACCUCCUCGACGCCGACUUGUCCAGUGCCACCGUCAUCGUUACGUACUUGCUCCCCGAAGCGUUGGCCCAACUCACACAUACAUUCGAAGCAGCUCUCGCGCGGGGGUGCCGCAUCGUGAGCAAUUCGUGGCACCUUUCAGGGUUUGUCCACUGCGACAAGAAGGAUGUUGGACCGUUCGACAACGUGCCAUUGUAUUUGUACCAUAAGAAGUAGUUUCACAGGGUAUUUGGUAUGUUCUCUAGCUUAAACGUGCGCAUCGUUGUGGCCAUCAUGCUUGGGCAGGUUUUGAUGUGAAAAGGUUGGUGGGAGGCGCGACAGGUAUCGCAGAAGCGUCGACCACUCGCUCCUGCAGCCGUCGUGCGGCAGCGGCCACUAGCGCCAUCGACUUGGCGAACUCGUCGUGGCGUUUUCCAA